AUGGCCAAAGCUGCAGUGAAGCCUUCAUCUCACAAGAUCUGUUUGCCGGGUCUGCCGCCUCGAAGCCCAGAGGACGUGGGACUGGACUCGCAGGUGCUGGCGGAACAUAGCGAGGCCAACGAGAGACAGAUCGCAAUUGGUUACAUGCCGGGAGUCGCGGAGUGUGCGCUCAAAGACAACUGUCUGGUAUAUGCCGACAUCCGUGGAUACCAGGACAAGGAGGCGAGGAAGCCAAUGACCGAGAAGUCUUUGUUCCGCUGCCAUUCGAUGACGAAGCCGAUCACAGCAGUGGCAUUGAUGGCGUUGUGGGAGGAGGGUAAGCUGGGCUUGGAUGACCCGGUGCACAAAUACAUCCCGGCUUUCCGCCACAUGAAGGUUGCCAAGGGCAAAGUCCACGAAGAUGCCUGCCGGCCGAUUACACUUCGCCACCUGGUCACCCACACCUCCGGCUUGGGUUAUGGCCCCUCGCGCGAGCGAAAGUGCGAAAAGCUGGAUGAGGGGCCGUACACCCGAUUCGUCAAGCGGGUGGAUGCCGGGCUUGUCCCUAACUUGAAGAGCUUCUGCGACGAGCUCGCAUCAUUUCCGCUUCGAUUUCAUCCGGGAGAGAAGUGGGAAUACUCCAUGGGAAUGGACGUCCUUGGCCGUGUGCUGGAGGUGGUGUCUGGAAUGCCUCUGGAUCGCUUCUUCCGGAAGCGGAUCUUCAAGAGGAUUGGAAUGAAAGACACGGCCUUUUCUGUCAGUGCCUUUCGUGCUCGUCGCCGCUUGACCGCGUACUAUGUGACGAAGGCGCGGUCAAAGCACAGAAAGACGAAGCUACCCAACAAGUUCUCUGCGAGACGCGCUGAUGGCCGCCAUCCUCAGUUCAGCGCAUGGGUGCGUGGCCGGUCGCUGCGGGUGCUGUCUGGAGGUGGCAUCUGCGGAUCUUUCGCAGGUGGACUGUUGUCGUCUCUUCGAGAUCAGGCGCUCUUCUGCGCAGCGCUGCUAAACGCAGGCUACUCACAUGCCAGCGGCCGACGAGUACUGGAGCCUGGAACGGUGAGGAUGCUCUGCCGAGAUUGGCUUCGUAUGAAGUCUGUCGCAGACAAGGAUGUUCUCCCUGGGUGGGGCAUGCAUUCUAUGGGCAUUGGAUGGUGUCCUGUCGGUCACUGGAUUCCCGAACUUCACGAGAUGUUUAUGGGUGGAAUAACUACAUCCUGGUCCAUCAACUUCAAUGCGAAGAUCAUCCAAGUCACGAUGACCUCCAGCUCCUGCGAUGCUGAUGUUCAUGGAUGGGAUCAUCGAAGGGACGACCUCGACGGUUGCAUCAAGCAUGCCUUGAAGGUCUGCAAACGAAAGCAGAAGCAUCUGCGCCUGCACCGCCAAAAGUGCUCGAGGAGAAAGUUAACCAGAUCACGGUUGCUUGGACGGCACACGUUUCAUUCGUGGUCUUCAUGUCUUGUAGAUGAAGGAAAUCGAAGGGGUGCAUGCAAAGACUAG